AAUAACUCCCUUUCCCUCGGCUUUAUUUCACUGUUAUCGCUGCUGCCUGAAAGCUCUGUUAAAUAAUUCAUAAGCCAUCUACUCCAAGUUGAGGUGAAAAAAAGAGGCCGACAGAAAGGAAAUGAUGAAGACAUAUAUGGUGGAAAGCGAGGGCAUGGUAUGGAGCAUUUCUGUCUUUAACAUGCCCGUGGAAUGCGUCUACAAAAGGUCCAAGUUUUCUGCUUCAUAAACAGACUCAAAUCAUGUAGAACAAUUUGUUCAAACGGAAGAAUUGGAAUUUUCUCUUUUCUCAUAAAAAAAAUAAAAAUAAAAUAAAAGGAAAGGUUGCAACAGUAAUGGAUUCUUCUCUCAGUCCCCAUAGGCAAAGCUGACGUUUCAUAAAGCCUGGUCCCAUAGUACUUGCAGAGAAGAUACCAGAAUACCUAUCAAUGAUUCUAUAUUACCUAAAAUGCCCUCUGGGUAUGACUAAUCACCAGCAAACCAGGAGAGCAAUCCAAAAACAUAUGGUAUUACCAAAGAAAUCCAUCUCUUUUACAACCCAAAGAAUAUGGCCUAUACGUUUGUAUCCCUCACCUAGGAAUUGCUGGAAUUUAUGCACAAGUUAAUCUCAAUGAAUUUAUGCUUCUCCCUUUGACCUGAUAUAAGUAUACCCACUCAAAUGAUACUUAAUCAAGCGAUGUAUAUAUGUAAUUUAGGCACUGGAAAGAAAACUUCUUUUCCAGUAAUCAUGUCUGCAUACAGUGAUUGGUAGGGAGGUAGCUUUACAUAUUUUGUCAAUUUAUAUCCAAUAUUGCCUGCUAACUUCUAUUUGGUAUGCUGACUAGUCUUUUGAGAUAUGUCAGAUAUUUGUUCGUCUUAAAAUAUAUCCUGUUAGAUAAACAGCUAUGAUGAAGUAGUGUUCUAAUUGUCUUCUUAUGUUUGAGCUAUUGCUGUAUCAUUGGCACAACCGAUGGAGGGUUUAAAGUGUCUUGGUGGCAUUCAUAGCGAGAUUAAAGUGGUGCUACUUACUAGAAUGUUAGAUAGCCGAAAUGUUAGAAUUCCUGGGGAGGGAAGGAUUUAACCAAGGGAGGCAAACAAUUUAGUAUAUAGUAAUACUAUUUAGUAGACUGUUAUACGACUGUCAUACAAUUGGAAUGCCAUAGCAGAAAAAAUCAACUCGUGGCUUUUUUUUUUUGGUACAAGUGCUUAUCUGAAGUUGAUUUUUACUGUCACACAAUUCCAGUUAUAUGAUAGUAGUAGAGCAAUUUACCAAAUAACAUUAUUCAUUUACCAUAUUAAUUUUGAAGAGAGAGAGAGAGAGAGAGAGGGGGAGGGGAAAACCUUUGUAACUACAGUUGGAAGAAAAGGAUAAAUAGUGAGCCCAAUCCUCCUAACUACCCCUAAAAAGCAGGUAAAAAAGCGGUAACAAGUGUCGUUUGCCAAAAAGGGAAAAAAGCCAAAAGAAUUUAAAACCCUAGACUGUCCCCAGCUAUUUAUAACACCCAUGAGGCCUUCCGGGCUACCCCGGAUCAGCCUCUUCCUCUGCAUUUGUGUACACCAUCUUUCAGAAUAUUAGGAAACCCAUGGUUUUCGCAACUCACAACCUCCUUUCUACAUCCCAUUUACACCCACUCACACAAGAGAGAUGAGGGGUCGAUCUUCAAAACAAGAAACUAAAGAAGGGGCGGAAUUAGAUAAGCUUAGUGAGCUCAAAGAGGAGGAAACUCAUCUCUCUGGUGCUUAUAUUCGCAGCCUAGUGAAACAAUUAACCACUUCAGGAACCAAAGAUCCCAUGAACCCCAAAGACCCAGAUUGUAGUGUUGAUGGUUUCCUUGGCCAGAAUUUAACAAAAUUCGGUGAAGGUUCUAUUGAAACCGACCAAGCACAGCAGCCCCCACAACCUCAACAACACAAAAAACAAGUUAGAAGGAGACUCCAUACCAGUAGGCCAUACCAAGAAAGGCUUCUUAACAUGGCUGAGGCCAGGAGAGAGAUCGUCACCGCUCUUAAAUUUCACAGGGCAGCUAUGAAACAACAACAACAACAACAGCAACAAAUACAAGAACAACAGCAACAAUCACCGCCACUGCAGCCUCAAUCACCCCCCCACCCAUGUUUUGAUCAAGAAGAAGGGGGGAUCAAAUCCAGGAGAAAUCCUAGAGUAUACCCAUCAAGCACUGCCAAUUUUUGUCAUUAUUUGGACAAUCUUUCCUACUCUCAUCCUCCUUUUGCUCCGUAUCCUUUCUCCUGGCCUGCUGCUUCCCCACUAGCUCCUCCAUCUUGUGCUGACACCCUCAAUUUCACACUUCCAAACCAACCCUUAGGCCUGAAUCUCAAUUUUCGCGAUUUUUGCAACUUAGAAACGAGUCUUUAUCACAACAGAAACAUUCCAUCACUCUACUCAUCCUCAUCUCCAUCAUCAUCCUCGUUCCCCAAUCUUUCUGUAGCUACUGAUCAUCAGGAAGUUCCCUCAGCUCCAAUAUCACAGCAGGAAGUGGGGACUACUGCGCUUGCAGAUGCUAUGGACUCCACUGUUGCAGCUGGUGGUGAUACUGGAGGAGGCUUGCAUGCAGCUAUGGACGAUGAGGAGAUGGCAGAGAUCAGAUCGAUAGGAGAGCAGCAUCAGAUGGAAUGGAAUGACACAAUGAGUUUGGCCACAUCAGCAUGGUGGUUCAAGUUUUUGAAGACCAUGGAACUUGGGGGCCCAGAAGUUAAAGUUGAAGCAGAUGAUGAAUACCAUCCAUUUCAUGAAGUCAUGGAAUUCUCAGCUGGGUUGGAUGCAAAUGAGAGCUGCUUGCAACAACAUUUGAAUGAUUACGGCUCAGAGGACUACUUCCAAGAUCCUGCCUUGCCAUGCAUGGACAUUGGAGAAAUCGAAGGUAUGGAUGAGGAGUGGUUAGCCUGACAAGGAUUUUUUUUUUUUUUUACUAUAUAUUUUGAUCAAAUCUAUGGCUCUAUUAUUAUUAUUAUUAUUAUUAUUAUUAUUAUUAUUAUUUUUCUUUCCAUUAAAUUUUGGUAGUCCUAGAAGCUUUUUCGAUUUAAUCUUUGAUAAUAAGGCUUGCAAAGAACUUAAAAGCAAGCAAGCAAGCAGGCCGUAGAGGAAAAUAAUGUAAGAAAGAAAGUUGUGUCGUUAUUCCACAUUUUUAAAGUUCCAGCAGUGCUUUUUUGGUGUAAUAUUUGAGGAGAUUGCACUUCUUCAGCGGAACAGUGGAAGUUUAGAUUUGUGUCGAAAUGGCAAAAGCCUCCGCUUCAUAUUUUUCAUAUUUUUGGUACCUUAAUGUAAUCGAAUUAUAUAAAUAUUAUUGUGUCCCUUA